CAUUAUAAAAAGAUAAUAAGAGAGUGUAGUGGCAUUGGAUAGCAAUUCACAUUAUUCUACUUGAAGAGAACAUUUUAUAAAGGAAAUAAAAAUCGCAAAAAAGAAAAAUGAAUAAAAUUAAGAAUUUUUUUUUCUAGAAGAACUUUUAUACACUUAUAAAAAAGAAAUAUAUAGAAUAUUGGUCACUUGAAAAACAAAUUAUAGAUAGGGAAAUUAACAUGUUUAGUCCCUCAAAUAUCAAUGGAUGUUUAUUUUGAUCAAGUCAGUCCAAUUUUGGCGCGAAACCGUUCCUGCUACAAUUUCGCUCAAUCUCUGUUUUUGACGGCGAAAAAAAUCCCUUCGUUUUCGCGUCUACUGUAAGAUUCCUCUCAAAAUCCAUGAAUUCGAGAGAGCUGACUCUGGUAUCAGCUGCAGCAGUGAUUGGUGCCUUUGCUUCUGCUGUGACCAUUCGCUUAUUCUUAAAUCCCAAAAGACGUUCUGUUACUGAUCCAGAUUCGGCACUCAACGGUUUCCACCAAAGGAAGUCGUCGUCUCCUCAGAAUCCAUUUGAUCCUUCAAAACGAAAAGGGUAUUUGUCGUGGGAUGAUUACUUUAUGGCGAUUGCAUUUCUAUCUGCUGAACGAUCCAAGGAUCCAAACAGGCAGGUUGGAGCAUGUUUGGUGAGUCAAAAUUACGUAAUACUAGGCAUUGGAUACAAUGGGUUCCCGCGUGGCUGUUCUGAUGACAAGCUUCCUUGGGCAAAGAAAUCUAAAAAUGGGAAUCCAUUGGAAACAAAGUAUCCUUAUGUUUGUCAUGCUGAAGUUAAUGCCAUCUUGAACACAAAUCAUGCAUCUGCUGCCGGACAGAGGCUCUACGUGACAAUGUUUCCUUGCAAUGAAUGCGCAAAGAUUAUCAUUCAAUCUGGUGUUUCAGAGGUCAUUUAUUUUGUGGAGAAGAGAUUGGAUGGUUCUGACAUAGCAUAUGUUGCUUCCCACAAACUUCUGUCGUUGGCUGGCAUAAAAGUAAGGAGGCAUCAACCGCAGAUGAAAGAGAUUUCAAUUAAGUUUGAAGAACUAUAGACACUCCUAGAUGAUGUGCUCUUCUCUAGGCCUUAAUGUGUCUUGUGCAUCUCUCUUGAGAAAAGGAUCGAAUUGAUGCAUCUUAGUAAUGCUGCUAAGAGGGUUGAGGGGGCUCAGUUUUACCAUGUAGGGUGUUCAACUCUUUGACAUGUGUACUAAUGUUUGUAAUUUUUCACUUUAAGACAUGAAACUGAAAUUUCUCGUUA